AUGCCACGUGACCGUGAGUAUGACCAAUGGGGCUAUUCUGGCACCCGCAGAGAUGGAGGUGGACGGUACGGAUACCGAGAUCGCUCGAGAGACGAGCGAGAUCGGUUCCGGGAUGUUAGAGACAGAGACAGAGACAGAGACAGAGACAGAGAAAGAGACAGAGGGGGUUACAGACAGGACCCGCGCGACCGACGUUAUUCGAGAUCACGUGAGCGGGAACGUCGCGGCUCUGGUUCACGGGAUCGGUCACGGGAUCGGUCACGGGAUCGGUCACGGGACGCACAUCGACCUCCCCCCUCGGGCCGUCCACACCAGCCUUCUGGGCAUGAUUCUACUAAGUCAUCUAAUUCCAUGAGUGAAACUUCGAGUACUAGCCAGGUGACCGGCACCACGCCCAAUACGACAAAUGCAACCCCGUCGCAAGCAGAAAUCGACGCCAAAAAAGCUGCCAAGCUUGCCAAAGUCGCUGAAUGGAAGCGCAAAAAGGAGCUGGAGAGAAGUAAGAGCGCCAGCGCGAGCCCUGCUCCUUCCACCGCCCCCGCUUCUCCGAAAGCCGGCUUCUCCAUGUCCGGAUUGAGUGGUUUGCGUAAAGCUACAGAUCAGGGCCAGGUGAAGAGAAAGAUGUUCUUUGGGGGAGACUCAGAUGAAGAGGACGCCGGUAGGAAGCCGGCAAAAUUGUUGAAAAAGUUGGGUGAGAAGGAGGGCAGUGGUAAGAGUGAGGGUAAGGGAAGAGGUGGAAGCCAAAGUGAGGCCAAGAAUGCCUCUGAAAAGAACGGUGCUGCUUCUGAGCCUGCCGAAGUCGACCCCCUCGACGCCUACAUGUCUUCCCUGACCCUUCCAACCACCACAUCUGUCUCCAUAGCCGACUCCACUCCUUUGGAAAAUCUCAAUGUCUGGGAGCAGGUGGAUACGCUGGAAAAGUCACAGGAUCCGACUCUCGAUCUUUCUGCGCUUUCGAAACGAAAGGAGAUUGCGAUUGUGGACCACUCCAAACAGGUCUAUGAAGACUUCCGACGCCAAUUCUACGUCGAAUCGAGCGAACUUGCCGACAUGACUGAAGCCGAAACGAAUGAGCUGCGUCUUUCACUCGACGGAAUCAAAAUCCGAGGCAAAGAUUGUCCCAAGCCAAUCUCCAAAUGGACACAACUGGGUCUUCCGGGACCUACUAUGGGAGUUCUGAACGACUUGCGAUACGAUAAACCCACAAGUAUCCAAGCCCAGGCAAUUCCAGCUGUCAUGAGCGGCCGAGAUGUGAUUUCUGUAGCCAAAACAGGUUCAGGAAAGACCUUAGCGUUUCUAUUACCAAUGCUACGUCACAUCAAACACCGUGUUGGGGUCGAAACACAUACCACCACUCUUUCGGGGGCCUCCUCUCACCCCUUGGGUGUCAUCAUUACACCCACAAGAGAACUGUGUGUACAAAUCUACCGAGACUUGAGGCCGUUUCUGGCUGCUCUCGAACUCACAGCUGUAUGCGCUUAUGGCGGCAGUCCCAUCAAAGACCAGAUUGCUGCUCUCAAAAAGGGCACCCAUAUCAUUGUCUGUACUCCUGGACGAAUGAUCGACUUGUUGGCUGCCAACCAAGGUAGAGUGCUCUCAUUAUCCAGAGUGACCUUCCUGGUCAUUGACGAAGCCGAUCGAAUGUUCGAUAUGGGCUUUGAGCCUCAGGUUCUCAAGUUGACCCAAUCUAUCCGACCUGACCGGCAAACUGUACUUUUUUCAGCCACUUUUCCGAAGAAAAUGGAACAGCUGGCGCGAAGAGUGCUCAGCAAGCGGUCGUCUGACUCCCUGGGUCCUAUUGAAAUCAUUGUCGGAGCGCGCUCCGUGGUUGCUUCUGAAAUCACGCAGUUUGUGGAAGUAUUCCAGAACGAAAAGAGCAAGUUCCCGCGCCUUUUAGAGGUUCUGGGCAAGUAUUUUGCUCAGGGAUUCUUUGACGAGCAAAGUGAGGGUCGUGUGGGUACCGGAGAGUCGGCAGCUACCCCCAUUCCCAACCCCAAGUGUCUCAUCUUUGUGGAGCGUCAGGAGAGUGCUGAUUCUUUGCUCAAGGAGCUCAUCCAAUCUGGUUACCCGUGUCUUUCUAUUCAUGGAGGCAAGGAGCAGGCUGAUCGAGACCAGGCGAUCAGCGAUUUCAAAAGCGGGCUUGUUUCCGUGCUCAUUGCCACCUCUGUGGCUGCUCGAGGUCUCGACGUCAAGGGGCUCGGUCUAGUUGUCAACUGGGACUCCCCCAACCACAUGGAAGACUACGUGCAUCGGGUUGGGCGAACCGGACGGGCUGGUCAGAAGGGUACAGCGUUGACGUUCCUUCUGAGUGACCAGGAGCGUCUGGCAGCUGAAAUCUCACGUGCCAUCAAGUCGUCUGGAAACGCGCCCCCUGCGCCUGUGCAGCUCAUGACCGAGAGAUUCGAGUUCAAGGUGCGGUCUGGAACUGAGAAGAGACACAUGUACGGCUUCUCUGGUAAAGGUCUGGAGCGUCUACAGGAUGAGAGAGAUGCGACCAGAGAACAUGAGCGACGAGCAUAUGAGGGAGACGAGGCUGGAGAGGCUGAGACGGAAAGCAGUACUCCAGCUGCCAGUACUGCAAACACUGAUAUCAUUCCCAAGCCUGUGAUUGUGGUUACUCCUCCAGACAGCAAAUCCCCCACAACUGCUUACCACACGACGCUGCAGAUCAACGACUUCCCUCAGCAGGCUCGAUACAGAGCCAGUAGUAACACUUCUGUCAGUCGUGUUAUUGCCAACACUGGUUGCAGUAUCACUGCUAAGGGCGAGUACUAUCCUCCUGGUCGUAUUCCCGGACCCAAGGAUGAACCCAAGCUGUUUAUUCUCAUUGAGGGUACCAGUGAGCGGGCGGUGAAACUGGCUCAUCAUGAGUUGUCGGAGCUUCUGGUGAGUGGUUUGGUUAAGGGCGCUAGGUAUCAGGUGUAG